AUGGAUAUGCAGAAGUCAUUUUUGUGUCCGGCAAUGUUUGAUUUGGUCAGUGAUCUCAACUUUAUGGACAUGCAGAGCAAAUCUAUUUUGGCACCAAAGGAGACCCACAGCACAGAGUGCAAUGGACGGUACCAGGACUUGACUUCCAUCCAUGCAGUCGACAUCUCAAGCGCUCGAUCAGAUGCCUUUUGUGCGCUCGCAUCGACCACCACAUCUCCGGUGAUGAACGCCAGUAACGGGAAACCCAAACGGAAACGGUUGAUAAGCAGCGUGCAGCGCCAGGCCGCAAACGUCCGAGAGCGCAAACGGAUGUUCAGCCUAAACGAAGCGUUUGACCUGUUGCGCAGAAAAGUUCCCACGUUCGCCUACGAGAAAAGACUGUCACGGAUUGAGACUUUGCGUUUGGCCAUCAUUUACAUCGAUUUCAUGACAGAGAUACUCGAGAACAAAUAAAAGCGCGUGGAAGUUUCCACUGCGUUUUUCGUGUUUAGAUGAACAUUUAUUAAGGUACUCUCAUAUAUAUGUUAUUACAAAAAAAUAUAUGUUUUAUUAUUGAUCUGUUAUUUAUGCC